AUGAUACUAACAACUACAACAUCAACAACAACAACAACUACUACAACUACAAGUACAAAUUCAAAUAAAUCAAAUAUAACUAGUCCAACACUGAUUACUUCACAUAAUAAUUCAAAUAAAUUUACCUAUCAUAAUUCACAAAAUCACUACGCGAAUAAUCAUCAUCUUCAUCAUCAUCAUCAUCAACUUAUAAGAAAAACUCAGUCAACACCAAAAUUAAGAUCAAGUUCUUCAAUUACAACAUUAAUACCAUUAAAAAAGAAGAAAAAAGAAUGUCAACAAGUUUCAACAACUCAAGAUUUUUCAUCAAGUUCAACUACUCCUUCUGCAACAUCGCAUUUUAAUUUUUUUAAAAAAAUUUCUACUGAAUGGAAUUUAUUUAUAAAUAAGAUUAAAAAUUUAAGUGACGAAGUUUUUAAUAUUGAUGAUAUAAUUGAUGAUUUAUUUGAAGAUUCAGAAGGAGAAUAUUAUACAAGCACUGAUAAAGAAAUAGAUUCAAAUUUUCCAGAUUAUUCAAAUAUGAAAUUAAAAGAUAUAAUACGACAUCAUCAUUUUAAUAAAGAAAUAGAUACAUAUGAUGAAUCAGAUGAGGAAAUAGACUAUGAUAAUGAAUUUAAUAUUGAUUUGAAUGAUAAAAAUUUAAAUGUUGGAAAUUUAUUAUGGGAAAUUAGGAGAAAAAAUUGGUUAAAACCAAAUAAAUCACCCGAAGAAGUUAAUGAAAGAAUUAGAAGUGGGUUGAUAACUGAGUAUAUGCCUAAAGAUUCAUAUUUGAAAAUUUAUAAUUAUUUAAUUGAAAAGAAUAAAAUUUUGAAAAGUGAUAAACAUAUUAAUUUAUUAGAUAUGAUGAAAAUUAUAAAUUAUGGUUGGAUAGCUGAAGAUAAAUGGGAAAGAGCAGCUAAAGGUUUGCCGUAG